UGCCAGCCCGGUGGUAUUUUGAGCUCGGCCGCUCUGGUCACACUGCUCGAGACAUAACCUUCCUUUUCCAAUAAUUUUUGUGCUGUGUACACGUGUUUUACAAUGGCACCCGUCGAGAAAGCUAAAAAGGUGGCCAAGUCGGCCAAAAAGGGCAAGAAGCACCCCGUCAACUCCUACCUGAAGGGUGGCAUCCUGCGUUACUCCAAGGCCCAGAUGUACAAACGUCGUGCCCUGUACCGCCUGAAGGACAAGAAGAGCCCCGUGGUGGAGAAGGUCAAGGUGCCCAUCAAGAAGGUGAAGAAGAUCGGAGGACCCAAGAACGGCGGUGAGCGCACGGUCUACCUGAAGAAGAGCAAGGCCACCUACCCGACCAAGACGUUCGUGAAGAAGCGCCCCGCCAAGGCCAACUUCAGCGAGCACAAGCGCAACACGCGCCGCAACCUGACCCCCGGAACCGUGCUCAUCCUGCUGGCCGGACGCCACCAGGGCAAGCGCGUCGUCCUGCUGAAGGUCUUGGCCUCCGGACUCCUGCUGGUCACCGGACCCUUCGCCCUCAACUCGUGCCCGCUGCGUCGCGUGUCCCAGCGCUACGUGAUCGGCACCUCCUCGAAGGUGGAUCUCGGUGCCUUCAAGGUGCCCGAGCACCUGAACGACGCCUACUUCCGCCGUCUGAAGGCCAAGAAGGACAAGAAGAGCGGCGAGGCCGACAUCUUCGCGGCCAAGAAGGAGCGCUUCGUGCCCAACGAGCAGCGCAAGAAGGACCAGAAGGAGGUGGACACCGCCCUGCUGAAGGCCAUCAAGGCCCAUCCCGAGGGCAAGUUCUUCGCCAAGUACUUGCAGAACAUGUUUGCCCUGCACUCCUCCCAAUACCCCCACCGCAUGCGUUUCUAAGCGAGCGGAUUUGGUUCUUCAGUUUAAGGAUUUCUAAAGCAAAAACACUGUACAAGCGCGCCCGCUGGUUAGACUAACAGGAUUUGUAAAAUAAACCUUACAAAACGGA